CUCAGAAAAUGUUUGUCAUAUUUGGUUUUCUGUUGAUGAUCGCAGUGGGCUGCUGCACAACUGAUCAGAACUUUGAGAUGAAAUCUGUUGCUGCGCAACAACAUGUGACUUUGACGUGUCCUCGUAAAAUUGGACACAAAGCAAAUUUAUUUUGGAUCAGAAUAAUUUCUGGUCACCAGCCGGAAUUCUUGGGAGGAACAUAUGGCUUUGAUUAUGAAGGAGUUCAUCAGACUCGUCAUUUUACAACCAAACAAGAACCUGGAACUUUUAUUCUUUACAUUAAUCAAAGUCAGAUCAGCGACACUGGACUUUACUACUGCAUCCGAACUGAAACCCUUGAAAUGACCUUUGUGAGAAGAGUGUUUCUAAUGGUUAAAGGACCCCAAUCUUCCAUCUCUGGCAUCUUUCAAGCUCCUCCGUCUGCUGCGGUCCAUCCAGGAGAGUCGGUGUCUCUGCAGUGUUCGGUCCUCUCUGACUCUGAGAACAAAACAUGUUCAGAAGAUUACAGAGUUCACUGGUUCAGAGCAGGAUCACAUCAAUCUCACCCCAGUUUCAUUUAUACUCAUGGAGACAAUGCAGAGUGUGGAAACUCUUCACAGAAAUGUUUCUAUAACUUCUCUAAGAAGGUCAGUGCCUCUGAUGCUGGUACUUAUUACUGUGCUGUGGCUGCAUGUGGAGAGGUCAUGUUUGGAAAUGGAGCAAAACUGGACAUUAAAGGUUGGAAUCAGACAGAAAUAGCUCUUUGUAUUGUCUGUGUUGCUUUGGCCGUCAGUGUGACUGUUUCAGUUUAUCUCAUUUGGACCAGAAAGAAGCAGGACGGUAGUGGUGAACCAGACAGCAGUGAUCAGCAGAGGGAUGAAGCUUCAUUGACCUACGCUGCACCAACCUUCAGCAAGAGCAAAGUCACCAAAGAAAACAAAAACAAAAGAAACACACACUCGGCUCAGAAAGACACGAUCUACACUGAUGUUCGUGUUCACAACUGAUAACUUGAUAAUCAUGAUCUAAUGAUGAUAACUUUAAAACAGUAUUAAUAAUAAUAUAAUAAUAACUUGAUUAAAACUCAAUCUGCUAAAUAAUGGUGACGUAACUUUUUUUUCCUGCUGAUGACAACUGAACUACUAAUAUAUACUUUCCGAGGGUGGAAUUAACUGAUUACAUUCACUCACAUUUCUUUAAUAAAGUCGUAAUUUGAGUUUCUUGUGCUUGUAGGACUACUGAGUCAAGGGCUCAUACUUCAAUGUAUUAUACACCAUGUAAUAAAUUUUGUCCAUUUGAAAAAAAAAAAAAAAACAAAUCACCCCAGUAGAAAGAGAAAAGACAGUCGGCCCAGAAAGAGAAGAUCUACAAUGAUGUACAUUUUUGCCGCUGAAUAAAAAUGUAUCUUCUCAAUCUGAUGGAUGAUGACCUAAAUUACUUUUCAAGGAGACUUGAUUGCACAUGCAGUUUGAGACUAUCUAUCCACACAAAAAAAAAUAUUGGUUCUUUUUAGAUGCCUUGUACAGGUUUACAUAUUGUAAAUAUGUUGUGGGAAUGCAAAAAAAAAUACAGUGUGCAAUGUAAUGCAUGUAAUACACCUUGCAUGUGUUCUGUGCACAUCUGUUCCACGUGUGAUCAGGCUGUCCCUCUAUCAAAUAAUACUGUCGCGACUGGAGGGGGUCGCUAAGGAUGCUUUCCUGGAACUGGGGGUUGUGCCACACGGCAUUGUGGGAAAUGGGACUGUGUUUGGGGGCUAUUUCGGGCCGGUUUAUGUGUUCUGUGUGGGUUGUUUGUGUUCCAUUUAUUAUGCAUGUGUCUUGGUUUAUUGUUGUCUGCUGUUUGCCACCGUUUGUGUUCUUUUAUUUUCAUUUUGUUUGAGCACCGUGGCUCAGGGGGACCUUUUGGGGAGG